AUGCCGCUUCGGGUCCCUCUAGUAUUCUGUCUCCUUUUUUGUGCUAAAGUUUCUUACUUUAGAAAAGAAAAAUGGUGUUGGAUCGGAUUUGGAUAUAUAAAGAAACCAUGUUCAUCUCCAUGCUUCGUCUUCCUUAACAGUUAACUCGCUCCAUUUUUACCACCAGCUUCCUUUGGCUAUCACCUUGCAGCCCAAGUCAGAAUCGUCCGUACCCUAAAAAGGCACAUUCCCUUUGAUCCUCAACACUUUCUCUUUCUUCCCAACUCUAUAUAUUGUUUUUCCAUUUGUUUCAUUCAUGAAAGACAACACUGCAACAUCUAAACUAACCCAAAACCAGCAACAACAGAUGUGCAGAACCACAGGUGUUGUUUCCUCCGUUGACCAAGACGUCAACAUGUCGCCGCCGGCCAUGUCUCCGGAGGUGGUUCCUUCCAACGCUGGGGAUGACCUUAACUUGAUCCCUCCUUUGAACUUCGCUAUGGUUGACAAUGGCAUUUUCAGGUCUGGUUUCCCUGACUAUGCUAACUUCUCUUUUCUCCAAACGCUUCAUCUUCGCUCCAUCAUAUAUCUGUGUCCUGAGCCAUACCCAGAAGCCAACAAUGAUUUUUUGACGGCCAAUGGAAUCAGGCUGUUUCAGUUUGGAAUUGAAGGUUACAAGGAGCCAUUUGUAAAUAUCCCACAGGAUACGAUUCGCGAAGCUCUAAAGGCUGUCCUUGAUGUAAGGAAUCACCCAGUUCUAAUUCACUGCAAACGAGGGAAGCACCGAACUGGCUGUCUUGUGGGAUGCUUGAGAAAACUGCAAAGGUGGUGUCUGUCAUCAGUCUUUGAUGAGUACCAAAGGUUUGCUGCUGCAAAAGCUAGAGUUUCCGAUCAGAGGUUCAUGGAGUUGUUCGACACUUCUAGCUUGAAGCAUCUACCAAUGUCGUUUUCUUGCUCAAAGAAGUAAAGAAUCGCAUCGGUUGAACAGCUUUUGCUUUCUUUCUUUUGCAAAGAAGAAUGCCAUAGUUCCUGCUUCCAUAUAACUAGGAAUAGGUAACGAGUUCCCUGAAUCGCAAUAAAAGGCGCACAUAGAAGCAAUGUCCGGUUGUGAUAUUCAGCGUCGAGAUCUCCUCCCCACCUCUUUCUUCAUGUUCAUCCAGUUGUCCUCUACUUGUUUUACUAAGAAGUAAUUCCCUGCCUGCCAUGGUGCAUGCAACAAUUAUCCAAAUAGAUAUAUAGAUAGAUCUAUCUCCAUAAUCCGUAUUUCACUUUGAAAAUCAUUGUUAGCUUUGUUAAAGGUUUCAAGAUGAGCUUUUACAGUGAACAAGAACCAAGAUUUACAGCUAUUCUUCUGGUCAUGCUGCUUCUGCGAAUAAUUACAGGCAAGGCAGCUAGAGUUCAGGCAAUGUAAACACACGAUUCUAGUUGGCUACUCAAUUAUCAA